AUGAGGUUGGAGAAGUCAAUGGCUUUGCGCAAAUGCUUCUUCUUUCUAGACACGGUCACGAAAUGGUCGUCUGGUCCGUUGGUCAGCAAGAGAAGCGUCUCAGGCGCCUUCGGACUACUGGGAGGGGAAAUCUUGCCGUUGGAGUCGUUGAAAGACGAGAUCUAG